UUAUAUUAUGAACAAAAGUGACGAAGUUCAAGCGUCAAACUUGCUGAUCACAUUCUCCUCUUAUUGUAACUGACACAAACAAUCCACAGGAAGAUAUGGAGAAUUGGGGGAGUUUAAGUCACCUGUUCGUUACAGUGUUCCUCUCGAAUGUAGCGGGCUUAAUGGUGAAUCCGGCCAUCACUGACGUUACAAUGGCGGCAGUGUGUCCUGGUAAAGACGAGUGUUCACUUGCCAUUUACCUUACCGGCUUCCAACAAGCGAUUGCAGGAUUGGGGUCUGUUGUCAUGAUGCCAUUGAUUGGGAAUCUGUCUGAUGCUUAUGGAAGGAAAACUUUGCUCACAGUUCCCUUGGUUCUCUCCAUUAUUCCACUAGUAAUUUUGGCAUGGAAGCGGACAACAACCUUUUUCUAUGCAUACUAUGUGUUCAAGACUUUAACUGCCAUGGUUACUCAAGGUGGUGUUGUGUGCAUUGCCCUUGGCUAUUUGGCAGAUACUGUAUCCGAGGCGAAGCGUGUCUCCGUAUUUGGAGUCCUGUCUGGUGUAAUUUCCGCUGCAUAUGUUUGUGGCACCUUAGCUGCUCGGUUAGUCUCCACCACACAGAUAUUUCAGGUUGCAGCAGUUGUAUCUAUUGUUGCAGCAGUGUACAUGAGAGUCUUUCUUAAGGAUACAACUCGCCACACUGAUGCCUUGGAGCAGCCAAUCUUGAAGCUGGAAACAGAAAGCAAUCAAGCCUGUUGUGAAUCAUCAAAGAAAGUAGACUUCAUUAAGGGUAUUCCAUCUCCAAAGGAUAUAUUUUGCUUGCUCAAAAGUAGCAUUACAUUUUCACUAGCAGCAUCUAUUGCUUUCUUCAAUAGCCUUGCAGAGGCUGGACUUGAAGCUUGCUUACAGUAUUUCUUAAAGGCACGCUUCCACUUCAUGAAAGAUCAAUUUGCAGAUGUGUUACUCAUUGCCUACAUUGGAGCCACCAUAUCAAAUGUGAUCUUCAUGCCUAUAUUUGGUCCUGUUAUAGGAGAGGAAGUGUUGCUUUCUUUAGGACUCUUUGCUGGUUUUCUGAAUAUGUUUUUUGACAGCAUAGCAUGGUCUGCUUGGGUACCUUAUGCCUCCGCUGCAUUGGGUGUUUUCCUUUUUCUGGCAACCCCAAAUAUAAGAAGCAUCAUUUCAAAACAAGUUGGGGACAAUGAACAGGGAGUUGCUCAAGGAUGCAUUUUGGGCAUAACAUCAUUUGCCAACGUCAUCUCUCCGUUAAUUUUCAGUCCUCUUUCAGCUUUAUUUUUGUCCGAGACUGCUCCAUUUCAUUUCCCUGGCUUCAGCAUCUUGUGUGUUGGACUCGCUUGGCUGAUAGGUUUCUUUCUGAGCACAACAAUGAAGUUUAUCCCCCACCGUUCAAGAGAAAAAGUUGGUAACAAGGACAGCGCCGAGGCCUAAAUCAAUUAUGCCAGAGGGUUUACAAACUGAGUGUGAAGCUGAAUACAAGAUCAGAAAAACAAGAGCCGUCAUUGGGCACUAAUAUAUCUGUGUACACCAGAAUAAUUUAUCACUUACCAUAACAGCAAGACAAUGGAGAAGUUGAACCAUAAACCUGCCAACCUUUUGUCUUCAUUAAUUUCCCACCACCAACUACAAUCGUGUGUUUGACAAAUUAAUCUCAUACUAUUGUUGUCCAAAGUUCUCAAAAUUCUAUCAAGAAACUUCUCUUAAAUUUUGUGAUUUUGUCCCAUUAACCAUUGCUAAAUCCGCACACUACUUGAUAUAA